CGCCUUGGCUCUUUGGCUUUUUGGGUUGGUCUGAGCGUUUGCAAUCGCCAAGGCCCCCGCUGCGAACGCAGGAGCCAGCUCCGCGUCCUCUGGGGCCCUGUACUUCACUCGUGGAUGUUGCCCUGAUGGUGCGGCAGGGUCUGGACUUCUAAAGCUCUGCGGCGAAUUUAAGAAGAUUUUGUUCAAGUGUAUGGCAUAGAAGAUGAAUUCCUCCUCCUCCACCGUGAAUGAAGAACCUGAUGCUCUGUCGGUAGUGAACCAGCUACGGGAUCUCGCAGCAGACCCAUUAAACAGAAGAGCCAUUGUCCAAGAUCAAGGAUGUCUGCCUGGCCUUAUUUUAUUUCUGGACCAUCCUAACCCCUCUGUUGUUCACUCAGCUUUGCUCGCCCUUCGAUACUUGGCAGAAUGCCGUGCUAACAGAGAAAAGAUGAAAGGAGAACUGGGUAUGAUGUUAAGCUUGCAAAAUGUUAUACAGAAGACUACAACUCCAGGAGAAACGAAACUGCUGGCCUCUGAAAUCUAUGACAUUCUUCAAUCUUCUAAUAUGGCAGAUGGUGAUAGUUUCAAUGAAAUGAAUUCACGUCGAAGGAAAGCUCAGUUUUUUCUGGGAACUACAAACAAACGUGCCAAAACAGUGGUUUUGCAUAUAGAUGGUCUUGAUGAUACGUCUCGAAGAAAUCUAUGUGAAGAGGCCUUGUUAAAAAUUAAAGGAGUUAUUAGUUUUACUUUUCAAAUGGCUGUUCAAAGAUGUGUGGUACGAAUUCGUUCAGAUUUGAAAGCAGAGGCUUUGGCGUCAGCAAUAGCAUCAACUAAGGUUAUGAAAGCUCAGCAAGUUGUGAAAAGUGAAAGUGGAGAAGAGAUGUUGGUCCCAUUCCAAGAUACUCCUGUGGAAGUAGAACAGAACACAGACCUACCAGACUACCUGCCUGAGGAUGAGAGUCCCACGAAGGAGCAAGAUAAAGCUGUGUCCCGGGUUGGCUCGAACCCAGAAGGUGGAGCCAGCUGGUUGAGCACAGCUGCAAAUUUUUUAUCCAGAUCGUUUUACUGGUGACUUAAAUUUGAGGCUCAAGGACUAUGUGAACCAACAAGGGGCCAGUGUUCCAUUGUUGUGGUGAACUGUCAAGUGCAAUUUGCAAUAAAUUAUCAUGAAAAGUUUUUAGAUUAUAUGAUUGCGUAUGCUGCAUUUUACAUUUUAUUGGACAUUUUACUCCACUAAGUGGUUAAAAGGACAGAGGUUACAGGUGGAAUUGCUUUGUCUACGAAGGUGUUUUUGCCUGUUUUUUUUUUUUGAGGGGGGAUGGGGGUCCACUGUUAAACCAAACGUAUAUGUGCAGCUUUACGUUCUAUUGUACAUUAAGCACGUGAUUAGGAAAAUUCAUUUUCUCCUCAAGCCUCAGGACCUAUCUGACGAGAAUUUUUUUUUUUAAAGCUCAUAUUGUGCGUGUAUUACUGAACAUUAUUUUUCUUGAAAGACACUUGCUUUUGUACCCUUAACUGAAAGUCAAAAGAAAAUGCUUCUCAUUAUCCCCCUUCUGUGCCUUUUUUAUUUUGCCAGCCAUGUUUAUAGAGAGGACAUUAGUACUGACAUUUUGUGAAGUAAAAUAUAGUAAUCCCUUAUGAUACAAUGCUACAAAAACUUUACAGUCUAGUUUGUUAUAAUUUAAUAAGAGCAACAAAGUCAGCCGAGAAGAAGGAAGCUUGUAUAUUAGUGAAGUGCUUUUGGAGACUGUUUAAAAAUGUGGUUGGAGUUGACUACUGGUCAGUUUGGUUUAUAUCAGCCCUUGAGUGAUACUUCCACCAUAACACUGUAAGCAACCAUAAAUGGUCUCUAGGCCUUACUUUGUGAUUGUACACUAUCCCCUGCUAGAAAAAAGUAAUCGUAGUAAAGAACUGACAGACUUGAAAAAAGAAAACAAAAUUGAAUGCCUAUAAUGCUGUAGUGCCACUUUGAGAGGGGCUAAGCUUAAAACAUGAAUUCCCUGGCAGAGGCCUGUUCAGUAGGUGCUUCCUUUCAUUACCUUUUGUGAAUUUAUUAUGAAAAUGCUGCAGUGGUAUUCAUGAAAAACAACUCAGAUUAUUGCUUAUAAAGAAAUAAAGCCAGCAUUGGUCUCUUAAUCUUAUUUCUCAUAUCUAGCCAGA